AGAAGAAAGCGAGGAGCCGACACUUGAACGGAAUCUUAGGACACGAAACGUUUAUCUCGUGACCUACACUUCCGUGUUAUUGUGUGUGUCUGCGUGUUUCUCGGUCAGCGGACCCUUUAUAAGAUGGUUUCUAUUUCUUAAACACGCCUCCAGCCGCACAUCCAGAUUUAAAUAUUCGGGACUAAGGGCGGGGCCUGGAGGGACGGAGGCGGGGCGUGACAGGCGCUGUAGCGACCGCGCCCUGGCAACUGGUAUAGAAUUCCUGGCGGGUGAACCCAGACGACCACCCCUUAAGCUCGUACUCUCACGCGUGCACGCAUGCUCCGGCAGAAUCCAGAAGUCUAGGCGCUAAAGAGGUCUGAGGCAAUACUAAAGUCCUGACUAAUCUAACUGUCCAAGUGAAAAGGGGCAUGAUUAGCACCAGAUUCUUGUUUGAUGACCUCCUCCAAAAAAGAUAGAGCGUCUCCAGAGACAGAGACUUUAGUGGACGAAAUUCGCAGUAAUCUUCAGAUCCUGAAAAGGAGAGCGAAGAAUCUGCCAGCGACCAGAGCUCACUGCGCCAUACCCACAGUUCAUCUUCCCCAACCUUCCUUUCCAGGCCACCAUGUCUGCUGGCAAUGGCACCCCUCGCGGGUCAGCAGUGGGGGAGGAUAUAUGGGCGGGAUCAGGAGUGGAGGUGGAAGACUCAGAGCUACCCACCUUCUCAGCUGCAGCCAAGGUCCGAGUGGGAGUGACCGUUGUGCUCUUUGUUUCUUCGGCUGGAGGAAAUCUGACGGUGCUAUGGUCAGUGACACGGCGGCAAUCCAGCCAGCGCCGACCCUCUCCGGUCCGGCGACUCUUCGCCCAUUUAGCAGCUGCCGAUUUGCUGGUCACUUUUGUGGUCAUGCCCCUAGAUGCUACCUGGAAUAUUACUGUUCAGUGGCUGGCUGGAGACAUCGCGUGUCGGACACUUAUGUUCCUGAAACUAAUGGCCAUGUAUGCCGCAGCUUUCCUGCCUGUAGUCAUCGGACUUGACCGCCAGGCAGCAGUACUCAACCCGCUUGGACCUCGUUCAGGUGGAAGGAAACUUCUGGGCGUAGCCUGGGGACUUAGUUUCCUGCUUGCCUUGCCCCAGCUGUUCCUGUUUCAUACUGUCCACCGAGCUGGCCCAGUCCCCUUCACUCAGUGUGUCACCAAAGGCAGCUUCAAGGCUCAAUGGCAAGAGACUACCUAUAACUUCUUCACCUUCUGCUGCCUUUUUCUGCUGCCACUGACUGCCAUGGCCAUCUGCUAUAGCCGCAUUGUCCUCAGUGUAUCCAGUCCCCAGACCAGGAAGGGGAGCCAUGCCCCUGCCGAUGAAUUUACCCUCCGCCGCUCCUUAGACACUCGCCCCCGUGUUCGUCUUCGGGCCCUGCGACUGGCCCUCCUUGUUUUGCUGACCUUCGUCCUCUGCUGGACACCUUAUUACCUACUGGGUCUGUGGUACUGGUUCUCCCCCACCAUGCUAACUGAAGUCCCUCCCAGCCUCAGCCAUAUCCUCUUCCUCUUUGGCCUUCUCAAUGCUCCUUUGGAUCCUCUCCUCUAUGGAGCCUUCACUCUUGGCUGCCAAAGAAGGCACCAAACACUCAGUAAAGACUCCUCCCAGGAAAAAGGGUCUAGGAGAAUGCCCCAACAGGAAAGUCAAACCCUUAGACAGCUGAAAAUGCAAACAAAUGUGACAUCAAGAAGAGGAGAAACAGAAGAGACAUUCCUAUAACAUCCAUUCUCUCACAACAGAGUAUACAAGGAUAGUCAUUACUCACUAAUACCCUAAGAACAUCUCACCGCUGCCCCUGCUUAUUUAGCUUCCAAGAAAAGAAAUACUGAGACCUGUGUUUUAACCUUACCUGAGACUUAAAAGACUACAUCUAAUGUAGAAUUCACUCCUUAACAGAACUAUCUUCACAGUGACCCAUACUGCCUUACUAUAAACAGUGCAUCAGAGCAUUUACUACUAGAACAUGAAAGUAAUUUUAAAUGUAGAAAACCAAAAUGGGACAUUUAUUCAUGACUCAAAAGAAACAUUAAGCAGGGUAACAGAUUAAAUAUAAACAGUGAGUUCCACCUCAGCCCUAUUUCUUGACGGCUGCAUGGCCAAAUGGAAUCUUGGAGAGACCAUCUGGAUAACAGAGGAAUUGUCAACGACGUCUCCGGUCUGGACUCCUGCUGCGUCUUCGUCCACCUCUAGGGAAAAAGAGAGAAGGAAGGCAGGGAGUCCAUCAAAGGGAUGUAAUAAAAUGUUCUGUUUUGUUCAUGUUACCUUCACCAAGAUAGUGUUUGCCCUUUUUACCUUCUCUUGCCUUUGGGUGGACCCCGAACAAAACACCAAUCCACGCUGAUCUGCUGUCCCAUCAAAUCCUGGCCAUUGAGUCCUUCCAUAGCAGCCUGGGCCUCUUUGUAUGUUUCAUAUUCGACUAGAGUAUAACCCUGGGUAAGUGAGAAAUAAGAUGUUAAAACCUUCCUGUUUUACCAAGCAUUGAAUACCCUCAUCCUCAAAUACAGAUUUAUACUUAAAAGAAAAACCUAUAAACUUUACACAAUGAAUGUACAUCAUAUAUCCCUACUGUACAUU